CCCGCCCCUACGACCCACUCUGGACGCACUUUUUUUUACCUAAAUCUUCUGAACUUUCUUGGCUUGGUAGCUUUUAAAAAUUUUUCUAUCAAGAAAACAUCUCCAAAAGCUACGAUCAUAAUUAAAGACCCUUACAGGGUGAGACGGAGACGGCAGAAGGAGAAGGGCCUUUGUCGGGUCCGGAGGUCUUGAGAGAGGAGCAUUCUGGGAAUUGUAGUUUUCCUUCCAUGGUUUCUUCAGUCCGAACUACUCUUCCCAUGAUGCAGUUCAAGGAUCUGGGAUCCUAGGUUACGAGCUCCUUCCGCUUUCAGUUACUGGCGAUCAGUGUCUGAAGCCUCAGUUCUCAGGUGAGGAGAAGCAGUAAGUGGAAGGCAGGAAGAGGAAAGAAGAGAGAAGGAGAAAGAAGUAGCGGAACGGGAUUUGGAGGAGGGGAUUGAGAGAGAAGGAGAAGGGGCUCGGGCGGUGCCUGAAGGUGUCGCAGCCCGAGUCAGGCGCGCCCGAGGGCCCGAAAAUACCGGGGAAGCAGGGCCGGAAUGGAUAGAAAAGACUUGAUUCCUUCCUGACGACACAGCAUUUCUGGACACCCUUUCCAGCACUGGUUGCAGGUUUCACUCAGUCCAACCUUUUCCACUGGUUGAGGGUUUGAUCAAAAUGUUGGCUUUGUUACAAAAACAGGAUCCAAGUUAGACUUUUAUCUGGGAAACAAGUGCACAGAGUGUUAAGGAAUGUCUGUUCAAGAGUUUGCGAUAAAUAAACAUGCCAUUCUUCCUCCUAUCAUUAGUAAUCAUGAUAAGGAGUUUUUGGAAAGAAUGCAGAGAUACAUAAUCACAGAAACUGAGAGAGUGGGCUGUACUGAUGAAGGACCAGCUGAUGAAUAUUUCAUCAUAUACCGAAAUGUGUUUGACAAGAUAAUAGAGCAUGUCACCGCAUACAAAACUAUUCUUACUUCAAUCAAGCAAGAAUAUGAUUCAUUCAUUGAGACAAUAAAGAAAGGCCAAAGAAAUGCAUUUUAUCUUCAUGGAAAGCUGAAAGUUCUGGCAGCAGAGCCCACAACACUGGUAUAUCAUAGGAAAAGAGUAGUCCAACUUGAAGCAAAGAUAAGGGUUAUUGAAGCUAAUUCCUCCAAGAUUCAAAAGCAGCUAAAGAAAUUAAGACAAGUUAGGAGAAAGGGCAUUGUAAAAGAAGGAAACUAUCUCACAACUACCAUAAAUCCUUCAAGGCCCAUUCCAGGCAUGACCCUAGCAGAAUCUCUCAAUCUAGAUUCUCUUAAUGAAUAUCUUAAUCGUCUUGAAGAAAAAUAUGAAGAAAUUAAACACCAUAUGAUGGUAAAAUACAUCCCACACAUGAGAAAGGCUGACUUAGAUGAAGAAAAGAUCCAGGUAUUACAGAGGAGAGAUAUAGCUGAAGCAAUAAACAACGAUUUACAAUUUCGUCAUAGAAAAACAGAAAUGGUUUUAAGUGCAUUUUCUACCUGGAUACAAUCUGACAUGAGCAUUUCUUUUCAAGACUUCAUAACCCAAAUUAGUGAAACUCAAAGACUUUUACAAGAUGAUCAAGCACUUGUUGAGGAGUUACUUGAAGAAGACCCGAGCAAGGCUAAGGAAGCUGAAGUGUUGCUUGACUACAUCGAAAGGUUCAACGAAUUGCUAGUAAAUGGUGAAUAUGAGUCUGCAGCUGUUUUUGCAGUGAACAGUCCUAGAGGAAUUCUUCGAAACAUAGGGACAAUGAGGAAAUUUGAGGAUGUUGGUAAAAUUAAAGGGAAAACUCUUCCUUUGCUGUUAUUCUUUGAGGCUCUUUUCAGCACAAGUCAUGCUGCUAAAAAACCUGUUAAUGCUCAUUUGACUCUGGAAGGAAUUAAAUGUGGAUUAUUUGAAAAACGGUUGGAUCUGGUUAUACAUUGGGUCACCCAGCAGAGAGUAACAUUUUCUGAAAAAGCUGGGGAUGUAAUUUGCCAGUAUGGGGAACAGAAUGCCUACGACAAGUCCAAGUGCCUAGCUUUAGCCCAGAUUAUCUACAGUGAAUGUGGUCUGCACAAGAAAGCUGUUCUUUGCCUGUGUAAACAGGGUCAGAUUUAUGGAGCCAUGGAAUAUAUAAAACAAUUCAAAAACUUUUCUUAUGGUGACCUUAUGGACAUAGUAAUAAUGUGUCCACAAAUUGAAUUAAUUAAUUGUCUUACUAGUGAAUGGAAGGGGGAGCCACCAUUUUUGUCUUUUUGUCUUAUUGUACUUCAUUUCUUCUCCAUUGGAAUGAAAAAUUCUGGCUUAAGUCUACUUCAAGAACUAGAUAAAAAUGAGAAGGAGGCAACAGAAAAACUUAUGACAGCUGAUCCAUUUUGUUCCUUAGAGGAGUGGCAAGAACUGGCAGAUGUGUGUAUCCGUAAUGGCUUUUGCAAAUUGUCCAAAGACAUCAUUUCCCUCCUUAGAUGUCAAGAAGGAGUAUCUGAAAUUCCUCCAGAUGAAUUCAACAUCAUGGAACAUGUUUUUUGGUAGUUUCACCUCUUGGACAACUGAGGGAGCUCUGAAAGUAUUUGGUGUGUUGUAGUUGAGAAGAACAGCCUAAGGAUUAGUAACUUUGAAUAAAUCCAAAUUGUUUAUCCCCA